CGGUUUGAAGAUGGGAUGCGAUCCUCACCGAAAGCCAGACACUGGCCGUUAAUGAAACAUUCAGUUCUCGAAGAAAAAUUUGACAAAAAUGUGAAAGGUAAUGAAGACUAUGAUGCUCUUUUACUCUUAUAAAACUGCGUGUGUGGCUUGUAGUGUUAGAAGACAUCACUGCUGUAAGUGGUUUGUGGUAUAAACAAAUAAUCACACACAGUGGUCCUACAAAAGUGCUGGACAUCCCAGGCUGCACUUGCUGCAGUAUAGACCUUCAGACACGUGAUGCACGUCUGUGGGAAAUGGUAUUUACGGCUUGUGGCUUCAACCCUGCGCACCACUCACUCCUCUAUACGAGCUUCUAGAGUCAACACAGGUUCAAAGCAAGGAGUGACGCUGGAACAUUGCCAUAUCUGCUGCAGUUUCCCUUCUGUUUGCCUGAAGCCGACUAGGUGGGAGGAAAGAUACUACAAAUUGGAUGAAGGAAAUAACAUCCUGAAAUGAAGAUAUUUACUCCAGCUGUGCAGGAGUACACAAAAAUUAGAAGGAAGUUUCCUAUAAUCUGGGAAAGGAUGUGUGAGGCACGCCAAAGAAGAAAUUAGCUUUGAAUGGAGUUUAUUGCAAACAAUUUAAAUCACAUGAGACAUCUGGUACAACCGAAUCUGGAACGAAUUGACCCUAAAAUAGCCGAUUUGAAAUCUUAAUGAGUAUGUAUGAAUUCAAAUGUUGAAGUAUUCUAUAACCAAGAGGACGAAAUAAAAAGAACGAGGAAACAAAAGUUAGCAGAAACCAAGAAAAUUAUAGAAAAAAAAACAGAACCAAAACUAAUAAUGACUAUUUGAGUGUUCAAAUGGCAAACUUUUGUAAUUAUCAAUAAUUCAUACGAAAAGCAUAGGAUUCACUACAAGGAACUUUAGGGCUUCUAAUGGUUGCAAACAAAUUAUUCUGUUUUCCCUUUCUUUUUACAAGGUGUUGAGUUCAAACCCUUCGCCUAACUUAGGAUGAACUGACAUGAACUCACGUCUGCUAACUGGUGAUGACUACAGUGCACUAAGAAGAAGGGGUUUGUGUCAUGGUGCUUGUUUGGUUCAAACACCGCUCUUCUUGUUCCAGAACUUUCACCUUGUCCCCUGCUAAGAUAAACAGCAAACCCUUUCAAGUGUCAAGUCUGUUCAUGAAAAAACUAGACACGAGGCAGUGGAGGAAAAAGCGGAAAAAAUAUUGGACCUCGUCCUGAUAGUUCCAGAGAUUUAUAGAAAACUUGAUUUUUUGUUUUUACAUCGUCUGUAAACAAUUAUCAUUUUUGGAAAGGUGAGGGACUCGUGAAAGCGACAGUGUAAGACGAUAGUUUGGCGAGGCACAGAGCAAGUGUUUGUUGGUCUUGUGAGCAGCCAGGCAAGCAUCCAGCGACUGGCAUCCAGCGAUAAGACAUCCGCAUGCUGCAACACCAAAGCUCUUGUUUGUUCGCCUCAUUUUUCACGCGCAGGGUGCAGCCGUGUUCCUAUCCAAGCACUUUUCUAACGACACGUGUUUUGUGGGAGGACGUGGGUUCCACAGCGACGCUUCUGUCGGCACUUCAUGACCGUUAAAUCCCGCCUUUGUAUUCAACGAACGCCGACCACGAACUGACAAACUCGACCAGCGGAACCGAGAAACGACUUUCGCUUGAAGGAACUCGAAAAGCUUGUUCGGAGCUGCCCGUUGAAAUGUUUCCAGGGAGUAUUUUUGUCUAUUGACAACUGAUUCAGCAGGCAAGAAAUGCGAAACAUUUGUUUAGACAACAUGGAGUAAGCGUCAUAGAUGAUAGCUACUCCCCGGAGUAAAAAAUAUAUGAGUGUGUUUUCCCCAGAGAAAGACAGGUUCUCGGCAUGCGGGGCUCGUGACGUCAGCGUGAUAGGGAGGUAUCACGGAUGCUGCUGCUGGUGGUGGUGCACCCUGUUGGUGGCUGUUCGUCCGGCCAGUUCCACUCCACUUGUAGAGCUCGUGCGUUGGGAGAGGAUUCCGUUACGGGCGUGUCUGGAAUAGUUUCAUGCCAGCCUCGUGUUCAUGUGGGUUAGCCUCGUUUGGAGAAAAUGAGUAGCGAUGUAAUCAGAGAGCACGGUUUCUUUCAUGGGAUGUCGUGGUUUGGAGCUUUUAGGAACCACUACGGCUUCACGUGGUACGGUAACAACAGGACGGCGGUCACUGUCGACAUCCCGCUUGUCGUUGUUACUUACUUCUGUGUCCUCAUCGCCGUAGCUACCCUCAUCUCCACCUUGGGCAUCAGAGGACGAGAGAGAUGGGCUACAACUCUGAGAGCCUCGUAUGCAGUGGGAGUAGGAUCCAUCUUGCUGGCCUGCAUUGUUGGCCAUAACUGGCUUCAGGGUUCUACAGAAGUGACGACAAAAUAUAUUUAUAGGACCAACCAGUACUUCAGGGGAAUGGUUGGGGUUCGUGUGGCUUUGCAUGGCACCAAUGUCACUUUAGAAGGUUUCUAUGGCAACCCAGGAGAGGGAGGUUAUGUGUACUAUGCAGAGUCUUUGAAGUGGACGGAUUACGGCAGAGAGCCGGAACAAGUCAACUACUACCUGGAGAGGGGUCUUCCCCACCCUCUCCUCACCGUCCUGGAAUUCCUUUCUGCCGACGACGGAGGUCUUCGGUGGGGACGCAGCUUCCACAGGGCAGGUUACUUCGCAGGCGCCCUCUUGUGGACUGCUUUCUGUUUCUGGAUUGUUGCAAAUGUUCUCCUCUUAAAUGUAGUCUCCUACGGUGCCUUCAUGUUCUUCCUCACGGGCGUUGCCAUGGUGUUGGCUUGUGUAGUGUACCACGUGUGUCAACCACCAAACGACCUUCAGAUUUAUUUCGGAGAUGCUCUACUGAGAGUUCACUAUGGAUGGUGUUUCUGGCUGACCUUAGUAGUCGGAUUGCUGACUACGACCCUAGGAGCUUUACUGUUUGUCCUCGACCAUAUGUUCCACGACACGGUCGCUGAGUUCUUUAAUUUAGAGGAUCUUUGUGAGGAAGAGCACAACGAAAUGCCCAAGAAGACCUUCUUACCACAGGGAGAGGACGAGUUCCACAACAAAGGAAAUGCUGUUGCAUGGCAACGACGCUGCAGCCUGCAGCCGACAGGACGGCGCGGCAGCAUCUUUCUGGAGCCUGAGCGCCGGUCCAGCGAGCACGCAUGCCCUCCGCGCCGCAGCAGCGUGACGUCACCGUUUUCCAAUGGGAUGGUGCUGGGCCUCCACAACAAGCCUUUCGAACCUCAGCGGGCCAAGUGCAAUCCGCUCUUCUCCUCUCCCCACACCGACAUCCGAGAAGAGUGCGAGGACAAUGAGCGGUCUGCUGACGUCACCAUCGAGAUGGAAAGCGGGUUGGGCGGGUGCUGGGUAGAGAGAGGCAGGGUGGAGAGCAGCGGGAACCGGAAGCCGUCACUGGCCACCCUGCGGGAACACCGCGAGAACCACUUCAACGAGCGCCAGCAGGAGGUGGCAGCACGACGCGCCUCCUCCUCCUCCAUCAUCAACAACUGCAACCUUGAUGGAGAGGAGGAGGAGAACGGGCCGACGACCAUCCUCGUUCAUUCCCAGUGUCAGGCCACUGACGUCAAAACCAAACGAAGGGGCAGCGGUGGUAGUGUUGGGUCUGCUGGCGAGACAGCAGUGGACUGCGGAACCCCGACGACGACGACGAUGACAAUGACGAGCAACGACGACCACUGCAGCAACACAGACAGCAGGGGUCGAAACUCAGUGUCGUACUCGGACCACAGUCCCCUCGUCUCAGCCUGCAGCAGCCCCAGGAGCCUGAACAGUGUCAGCAGCGGCUUCUGUCGCUGAGGUGACAGGUGACAGUCUGAGGUGACAGACUUAAUAAAAUCUUUAUUUUAUGACCACUUCGUGCAACCAGGCCCUUACACCACCUGACAAAAACAUUUAACGGGGGACGUAAAACUUGACACAGGUUGUGUUCACUGUUUAUUUGCUCUCAGGCCCCAACAGUCACACUGUAGAUGGUUGCGUGACAAAUGCUCAUUCUGUGAACAUUCUCAUCUCGACAUUUUGACACCUGGAUCAUUGACAGUUGUUUGAGGACAGGUAUGAGAACAAUAAACACUUGACUGCGUGUCUCAGUAAAGACAUUUAUAAGAACAAUGCUCAUUUUACUGCAAUUGUGCACAAAAGGUAAUAAGUAUAAAGAACAAUAUACAUAUUUGACUAUAACUGUGCACAGAAGAAUAUCUUUGCUAUUUAUAAUUUUUAUUUAAAUAGGUUUCAGAAGGGUGUUCACGAAUUCUUAAGUAUUUAAUACUUUGACUUUAAUAAAAUGUCAAGAAUAAAGCAACUCGUAGGCGCACGUACACACACACACACACACGUGCAUGUAAUUAGUGUUAAGGUUCAGGAGUAAAACUUUACCAAGAUUCUACUUAGUUGUCAAAAUGAAUGGUUAUGAUGAAAAAUGCCACAGACAUAAAUGAAGGUUGCUGGGUCAUUGGAACCUGUAACUACCGUAACGGAAUGAGUUCUGUUUGUGGUUUCAUGUUUAUAAAUCCUAAUUUGCACACUUUCAGUACCUGAUCACUUGAGAGACAAGACUCUCUGAUCACAUUCAUCCCCGACAAAAAUUGAAAGUCUCAAAUGUGAUUGAAGGUUUCGUAUUAUUCCAGACUCCACAAACAUUACUUGCUGAUUUCAAAUGUAUGUUCUGGAGUCUCAAGACCGUUCGCAAGAAGACUGAUAAUGUGUCAUGAACAUUUGAUGCAUGUUGUGACUUUUAAAGGUUAGUUAGCCGAUAUUUGAGUAUAUCUCGAUACCCGUGAUGUUUAGGGUAGCGACAUACCUCUAAAGGUCGUGAACUCUAACUCGAGUUCCUUGUGAUAACUUGUCUGCAAUACCUUGUCUGCAAUCGCCUCUUUCUCUGAAUUUCGCAUUGUUUCUGUGUUCUUUGCAUUUGAAAAUCUUUCACACAAAGUUUCUGAGGUGUGAAUGACAGACAGAGGGAGUCACAGCGAUUUGUGGAGAAAUAAAAUUUAAAGGUGUUUUCUUCUUUUUAUCUCGUUGUCAUCAACUGUGGGAAGCGUUAACAUGCUUUAAUGAAAACAUCAAAAACAAGUGUUUAAAGGAUGUUCAUAAGUGUCUACAGCAUUUUUAUGUUGAAGGCUGGUGUGAAGAGUCUGCCUUGUAACGCUCGUAUCUUGUCACACAAUACAGGUCGGUUAACUAUUUUUGCAGCAUUUUAGAGAAUUGUAAAUAAAUAAUGAUUUACUGUAUUUAAAAUAAGCGUUGGGAUCUUCCAUCAGUGACAUAGGAGAAUGCCGAUAAUCUAUGACAGUUUCAAGAUGGUGUCCUUUUUCGGGAAUACUGAAUGAAAAACUUAUUUUUUACAGCUUUUUGGUCGACUGUCACUAUUCUUUGGUGAAUUUGAUUGCUCCAGACCCCUUGUAUAUUCAUAUUUUGUAUUUCUGUGCGCUUGCACGCCGCCUGUGUCUGUGUUGGUGUUUGUGAGUAUCUAUUGUACAAGGUUGUGCGACAACAACGACCAGCACAUCGCCACCAUUGUCUUUCAACAUUGUCUGCAUAAUCAGAAAGGCUUUUGUCAUUGACGUGUUAUUAGAGAACACACUAUCGUCAUCACACUAUCUUAUUUGUAUUUUAAUUGUUUUUCAUGUUUGGUGAAUAAUGUCAAGUCUGGUUUUCUUUUAGAAUUCGUAGAUUGCAACAAUAAAUUGUUUCUGUUGGAUCACUAUGUUUUCACUCAUUUAGACAUUACCUAUUCAUCAGUUGGAUCUUUUAUCUGGGAAAGUAAUGGUCGAGUGAGACCAUUGAGGUCUUCCAUGUAAUGACAUUUUGUGGGAAAUACAGCAUCUCGUCACCAUGGUUACAAGGCAUCCUCUGUUUUCAUUUUUCUUCUUAAAUGUUUGUCCAGAUUUCCACAAGUCUGUGAUUAUCGAAGUCAUGCGUUUUGCUUGUCCACUUCUUCACAACCAUUUCUAUGUUUGAUUAAAAUAUGUUUGUACUGUUCCGAUGACAUCUCUACUUGCAUUGUGGUUUCAUGUUUUUGAAUCAGAUUUAAGGACUUUUUAACUUUAUCAAUUAGAGUAUGCAUUCCUAACACUGUUGGUCAUAGUACUGCUACAUUGUGGACAGAACCACUGCACUGUGGAUGCCGUCUGUGUGGUUCUCUCGAGCUACGUGUUCGUGCAUCUGAAUUCAGUGAGUUAUGGAGCAGAAUACUAAGCUCACCAAUGUGUUUGCGGGUUUGUACGAAGCUAGGGGUGAACUUUUCAUACAUGCUAAUAGGCGAAGGGACGAAUUCGUUCGAGAACCAGUUGUUCUGGAGUCUCAGCGACACACGUACACUUCAGCAAGUAGUUCGCUUUGUAAUAUUUGAAGGCCUAGACAUUUGUUCUUUCUCUCCAGCCAUGUGACAAUAAAAUGGGAUACAGUGUUUUAGCACAAAACGUCGUUUUGCUGUUUCUUCCACUUGAAAUAAAAUAUUUUUAUGAAAUGUG